GUACACAAAAUGUAAGCUUAAAACACACAUUUAACAGAUACUUUAUUAUGAUGAGAGACAUUUGGAUUGCCUGUAAAUUUCGCUAAGGGUAUUGAAAGUCAUCAAUUAACCCUUUUAGUUCAAGUGUCUAAUACUAAAUAAAUAAGGUGAAGAUAUCUAAAAUGAAUUGAAAAAUUCUUACCGGGUAAACACAAUGGUUCAAACUAAUAAUCACAAGUAUUAAUAAAGACACAUUUUAAAAGUAUAAUGAAUUUAUUCUGAGAUGUUGAAUCGUAUGCGACACUCCAAACCGCUAGAAGAUCCAUACUUUUUGUUUAUUCCUGUUUUGGGACCUUCAAAAUCUGGAGAAAAGAAUAGAGAAAACUGCGUCUUAGGUACAGGAAUCAAGUAAACAAUAGAUCAUGAAGAAAAAUCAGGAGAAGUUAUCCAGAUGGUACUUUGGAGGAACAGCAUCCGCAGGUGCUGCCUGUUUUACACAUCCACUGGAUCUUAUAAAAGUACAUUUACAAACACAACAAGAAGGAAAGCUUUCUAUUAUAGGAAUGACCACAAAUAUUAUCAAAAAGCAAGGGAUUUUAGCUUUAUAUGCUGGUCUAUCUGCUUCACUUCUAAGACAGGGAACAUAUUCUACUACUAGGUUUGGUAUGUAUGAAGUGUUGAAGCAGAACACAAGAAGCGAUACAUUCACUUCUAAGAUUGCUAUAGCUGCAUUGGCUGGAGGCGCAGGAGGUAUCGUUGGUACUCCCGCUGAUAUGAUAAACGUCAGAAUGCAAAACGAUAUUAAACUACCCGUAGAAAAACGAAGGAAUUACAAACACGCAAUUGACGGACUCAUACGAGUGUUUAGAGAAGAAGGCCCAAGGAGAUUAUUUUCAGGAGCAACGACAGCAACUACUCGAGCGAUUUUUAUGACAAUUGGACAACUUUCAUUUUAUGAUCAAGUGAAAAUACUAAUGCUAGGAACUCCUUAUUUCAAUGAUAAUGCAGUAACGCAUUUUUUAGCGAGUCUCACAGCGGGGGCAAUUGCAACAACAUUAACACAACCAUUAGAUGUACUGAAGACAAGGUCCAUGAAUGCCAAACCCGGUGAAUUCAAACAUUUGGGAGAAAUAAUUCUUUACACGGCAAAGUUGGGACCAUUGGGAUUUUUCAAAGGAUAUAUACCAGCUUUUGUGAGAUUAGCUCCUCAUACUAUUUUAUUAUUCCUAAUUUUGGAACAAUUGCGGUUAAAUUUUGGAUUUUUACCCCCAGAAUAAUUGGUUUCGCUAGCGUUUGAUGUGAUUGUACUAUAUAAAGUUUUCAUGUCAAAAUGAAUUUAUCUUUAUGAAAGAAUGAAUUAUAUGUUGUAAACAAUAAAAAAAUGUUUAUUUACUAAUUCACUUCAACCACGAUAUACCUUUUUCUUCUUCUUCUCUCUAUAUUGGCCUUUUGUCUGACGACAUGCAGCCAGGAUAUGUUUUCAUUACAUAGUUGGUUAUAAGUGCCUACUGUCUACUUAGAGGGUUAAGUCAUUAGGUAUUUGACUAAGAGUUCAACUGACUUUUACCCUGGAGCCUGAAGCAGCGAAUAUAUAUUAACGGGGGCUUGAUUAUAAUUAAGCAGCUCUUUGUACAAUGCAUCUUUUUGUGAUGAUCUAAUCGUGCAUCCAAGUGUGGUUGAAGUCUCCUAAUUGUCCACAGUAAGGAUCUUCCUUAGCAUUUAUUUUAUAUAGAUGUUGUGGGGUGCUGCAAUGUGUUGAUCUCAUUCUAUUGAUAAUUGUAAUCGCUGUUCUUGUUAGUUUAGCAUUGUUGAACCAUGAAAUUUUCCUAGGCGUAUUUUCUAUAGAGAAGAAAUUUCUUCCUUUGAUUUUGCUAUCACUUCGAUAAAGUUGAGUCAAAUUUUUCCAUAAUUCUUCUUUGAUUCUUGGCCGUAUAUCAACGUAAUGUAAUUUAUAUUCCCUUAUUAAUAAUUCCAUAAUAAUUUGACGUCUUUUCCAUUUUCCAUAUUAGACACGUUUAGUUUUCUGGUAUAUAGAGUGAUAUUAUCUUUUUUGGCCAUUAAAUGAGAAGCAGAUAAUUUUUUAAGGCACUCAUUGAAUCCGAAAAGAUCACAAUUUUAUCCUGCUUUUCGCUACUUUCUGCUAAAGCUUCUUUAAUUGCAAUCAUCUCUGCUGUACAAAUUGGAGUGAGGUUUCCGAUUCUUCGGGCAAUGUUCAUUUUUUGGUUCCUUUGGGUGAUCCCAAUUGCGCAUGCUCCCGAUAUUUUGUCUAGAGAAGCUCCGUGAAAAUUAUAGAAUAUUCAUUGUAUUCCUUCAUUAUUUCUAAAAAUUUUUCAUUGCAGCCUAUUGAGCCCUUAGAAAUGUUGGAAUUUGACCACUCCAGUUUCCGUAUUUGCGGCCAGUGUUUGUAGUUGUAGGGAUAUCCCUCUGUGAUUUCCAGUUUAUCUAUAUAUUCUAGGCUAAAUCUAAACCCUCCAGUAAGUUUAAUGGAGGCCCUUUUCUCCAAAACGUCGGCUCCUCAUUAUAUAAUUGAUAAGACGUGAUCAGUAAUCUUCCUAUCUCAUCAUUUUUCAAUGAUAGUAAUUUAAAACAGAAAUUGAAAUUGAAAUUUGGAUGAUAAAAUUUUAAAAUAUGUCUUAAAUGAACAUUUAAAAUAUUAACGAAGUACGUGAUGGUAUAUAUGAACCAUAAAUAAAGACAUUAGAUUGUUGUAAGAAAAGGAUUCCAGUUAUAAGGAGGAAACGAUAUGGACAUAUGAAAGAAAAAACGGAAAAACAUUUCUCUCCCUUCCGAAGUUUUUUUCAAUUCGCUCUAUUAAAAAGAUUUUUUGAGUUCGCUCUCUUGUUUCAGAAGUAUUUAGCGGUCGAAAGGACUAAGGUGUGUCGUUUUGGGAGAAAAAGUGAAGGAUUAUAGAAUGUCGAAUCCAUCAUAAACUUAAGGUCAGUGAAAUUAUUCAUUGAUAAAAAUCACCGGAACAAUUCUACAAAUGUUGAGGUAUACAUCAAAGUAAAAAAAAAAUAAA